AUGGCCGAAGAGUUGAGCAAGAAUUUCGAGACGCUCCAGCUUCACGCGGGCACAACGACUGCCACAGCAAGGCUGACCAGCUUACAGAGUUUCGCCUUCAAUGACUCGGCCCAGGGAGCGAGGCUGUUCGGCCUUAAAGAGUUCGGAAACAUCUAUAGUCGGAUCAUGAACCCGACUGUCGAUGUUUUCGAGAAGAGGAUCGCGGCUCUGGAAGGUGGUGUAGCAGCAGUGGCUGCUGCGUCAGGCCAAGCAGCUCAGUUCAUGACCAUCUCGGCACUUGCCCAGGCCGGCGACAACAUCAUCUCCACGUCGAACCUGUACGGUGGCACGUAUAACCAGCUGAAGGUGAUGCUGCCGCGAUUUGGCAUAACUACCAAGUUCAUCGAGGGCGACAAGCCGGAAGAUUUUGCAGCCGCCAUUGACGACAAGACAAAGGCCAUCUAUCUUGAAAGCAUCGGCAACCCCCGAUACAACAUCCCCGACUUCGAGGCCAUUGCGAAGGUCGCGCGUGAGAAGGGCGUUCCGGUUGUGGUCGACAACACCUUCGGAGCAGGCGGCUACUUCGUGCGCCCCAUCGAACACGGCGCUGACAUCGUGGUCCACUCAGCCACCAAAUGGAUCGGCGGCCACGGCACCACCAUCGGCGGCGUCAUCGUCGACAGCGGGAAAUUCGACUGGGGCGCCAACGCAUCGCGAUUCCCGCAGAUGGUCGAGCCCUCCGAUGGGUACCACGGACUUAAAUUCUGGGAGACGUUCGGGGCCAUCACCUUCAUCAUCCGGGUUCGCGUCGAGAUCCUGCGCGACAUUGGCGCCUGCCUCAACGCCUUUGCCGCCCAACAAUUGCUCCUCGGCAUCGAGACGCUCAGUUUGAGAGCGGAGCGGCAUGCGCAGAACGCGCUGAAGCUCGCCAAGUACCUCGAAGCUAGUCCCUACGUGAGCUGGGUUUCGUACCCGGGGCUCGAGAACCACCCCAGCCAUGCGCUGGCGAAAAAGUACCUCAAGCGCGGGUUCGGCGGCGUGCUGAGCUUUGGUGUUAAGGGAGGUGGUACUGCGGGAAGCCAGAUUGUCGAUGGGUUCAAGCUCAUCAGCAACUUAGCCAAUGUGGGCGAUUCCAAGACGCUGGCUAUUCACCCUUGGACGACGACACAUGAGCAGCUUUCCGACAAGGAAAAGAUUAGCUCGGGGGUUACCGAGGAUUUGAUUCGCAUCUCGGUUGGCACGGAGCAUAUUGAUGAUAUUAUUGCCGACUUUCAGCAGUCGUUCAAGGCUGCAGAUGCGGCGACCGCCCUCCUGGGUGCCAUACCAUCCGGUCUCUCCCUAGCCACUACAACGAUAACCCUCACCAUCCCCCCGUCGCAAAUCCUGCCCAACCCCAACGUCCUUCCCCCUACGACCCACGCCACCCUAACAACGCUCUACACGACCUACACUGCGCCCCUGACGGUAUCCAAUACCUUCGUCUUCCGCAAUGUCUCCACGGGUUCCUACCUAGCCGAUGUGCACAGCGGGACGCACGGGUUUGUGCCGCUGCGCAUCGAUGUGACGAGCCUUGUCGACGACGCCGCGGCGGGGUCAGAGAAGAAGACGGAGCAGCAGAAGUUUGACGUCAAAGUGUGGGAAACGUACCGGGGCAACGAUUGGGGGAACAAAGGGGAGGAGGUUAGGGAGAGUGCCAGGGGUGGCUUUGCGGUUCGGGUCCUUGGGGGAAAGGCCUAUUUUAUGGAGAGAGGGUCUUUUUCCGUCUUGAGUAUCCUCAAGAACCCCAUGAUCCUGCUUGGGCUGGUGAGCAUGGGUCUCUUCUUCGGGAUGCCGAAACUGGUCGAGAACAUGGACCCCGAGACUAAGGCCGAGUGGGAAGAGAACCAAAAGAACAACCCGAUGAAUAGUCUCCUAGGUGGAGGGCAGGCCGGCGCAAACCCCAUGGGUAACUUCGACAUGGCAGCCUUCUUGGCUGGCCAGAAGAAGGAUGAGGGCGGUGAUGGCGGUUCCUCUAGUAGUGUCGGGGGGAAGAAAGGUGGCAGGAAAUAG